AUGGACGAAAGAAGAGUUGCUGACUAUUUUGUGGUAGCUGGCUUGCCAGAAACUCCUGAACUUCUCGACGACUCUGACUCCGGACAUUUAAAGGGAUAUAGUACUAAGCCUCCUAUUACAGAUAUUGGUGUUGUAUUUCCUGGUCUGGGUGAGACGGUGCCCAAUGGGUACGAGCUGCUGGAAUUGACGCCUACUGGCCUACCGGCGGACCUGAACCAUGGCUCUAUGCGAUCUCCGGAGUGCUUUCUUUGUAUUCGAAGGGGGAGGGAAAGACCACCUCUUGUUGAUAUUGGGAUAAUGUACGAGGGCAAGGAGCGACUCAUGGCAGACGCAGAGAUGGUGUUGAUGUCUGUCGGCGAACGCCUAGCUAAUGUCAAUAAUUCAACAGCCAAGACAUUCAUAACAUACAGGAGGGCACAUCCCACGGCGCCUUGCAACGCACUUGUCGUUGUAGACAUCUGUGUUAUAGUGGCCAGCAAGGGAGAGUGCCCACCACAUGCCUUCUGUAUGAUCGCUAAAAAUUUAAACAAAGGUUUAAUGGGCAGCGAUGUAUUUCUAUGUUAUAAGAAGUCAAUGAACCGUCCGCCUCUAAUAGCAUACAAACCAGAGGUUUUAUUUAGGUAUCCCACGACGGAGCGGCGUAGCUUAGCGUUUCCAACCUCAGUGCCAUUAUUUUGCUUACCGAUGGGCGCGACACUUGAAUUGUGGCCUAAUAACGCUGUCACCCCCAAACCAGUAUUUUCUACAUUCGUUUUGACAGUAGCUGAUGCUACAGAUAAGGUGUACGGAUCAGCAGUUACUUUCUACGAAAGUUAUCCUUACACGCAGCUCUCAGAGUCCCAGAUGGAACAACUAGGUUGGAGAGCUGGCGUCUCACAAAACACACAUUCAGUGCACAUUAACAAAUGUGUGUGUUUACUAUCGCGAUGGCCUUUCAGCGAUACGUUCGAACGGUGGCUGCUGUAUAUAUUGGAAAUGUCGUGGAGUAAACAACCUUUACCCAUACCCGUAGAAAGAUAUAUUACACAUUUAUUAGAAGAAGUUCCAUUCCCUGAACCUAGAAUAUUAUUACAGCUCUCACCAACGAAUGCCAGUGAUCGGGUAAUAGUGACGCGACGAGACGACCAACCUUUAGUACGCAGUGGGGCGGGCUUCAGGCAACUGUUGCUGAAUCUGGGACCAGACAACUGCCUGCUGCUACUGGCACUCGCCAUCACGGAACAGAAGAUUCUAAUACAUUCGCUGAGGCCUGACACACUGACGGCAGUCUCUGAAGCUGUGUCGAGUUUGUUAUUCCCUUUUAAAUGGCAGUGCCCCUACAUACCCUUAUGCCCAUUAGGUUUAGCUGAAGUGUUACACGCGCCAUUGCCGUACUUAAUAGGCGUUGAUUCGAGGUUUUUCGAUCUCUACGAACCACCGCCCGAUGUGACGUGUGUCGAUUUGGACACUAAUAAUAUCACAAUAUGUGAAUUACAACGACAUAUAUCCAUAAAAUUAUUACCUAAAAGACAAGCGAGGAUACUCAGACAGACACUGGAGGUCCUCUAUGGCAGCAUAAGACCUGCAUCACCAAUUCAUCAUUCAAAUGAAAAUAAAUUUAACGGUGAACCUACAACGAGUUUAGAUAGAGAUUUCCAAAGGAGAAAGAAGGAGCAAGCAUUGGAAUUGAAAAUACAAGAAGCGUUCUUGAGGUUUAUGGCGGUAACGUUACAAGGGUACCGUAGCUACCUAAUACCCAUUACAAAAGCACCAACGGUUGGAACUACGGAUCCACAUGCUCUAUUCCAUAUGGACGCUUUCUUGAGAUCCAGGGAUAAGACUCAACAGCGCUUUUUUGCGCUAAUGAUGAAGACGCAAAUGUUCACGCGUUUCAUAGAGGAGCGUUCUUUCGUAUGCGACGUAGAUCAAGGGCUGACGUUCUUCGACGAGUGUAUAGAACGAGUCGCUAGCGGGGACGAGCCGUUACUGGGGCUCGAUAACUCUAACACUUCGGAGAGAACGGUGUUUGUGUUACCACCUGACCCGCCCGACCCUCAGGAAACGUAUACGUACGAGACGUUCGAGUUGGACACGGUGCUCGUGGCGAAGUGCCGCAGUAGGACUCGCAGCGGCGCCGUACAGGCUCUGCCCGCGGCGGCGAUCGCCUCCGCAGAGUCGCUCGCCGAUGCGUCGCCCAUGGCGCGCCGCACCAAGCACGAGAUCGCGGCCGCGCAGAGAUUGGCGCGCAAAGCAAGCUUAUCACCAGAGGCUUGGGCCAAGUGUCUCCUCGGGGCGUGCUACUCUCUGUAUUUCUUGUCGCUGCCGUGCCGCAUGGUGCUGAGUCGGGGGAAGGAACAUGCGACUUUAAGGGCCGCGUACGAAUUGUUAGAGAGAGCCACCAAGUUGAGGGUUCCUUGUGACGAGGUAUGUUACCGGGUGAUGAUGCAACUAUGCGGCAUCCACUCAUUGCCGGUGCUGGCGGUCCAACUGUUGUUCCUCAUGAAGCGAGCCGGCUUGCAACCCAACGCCCUGACAUACGGUUACUAUAACCGUUGCGUUUUGGAGGCGACGUGGCCGAAGGACAUGCCUAGCGGUUCUCAACUAUUGUGGAAUAAACUGCGGAUCGCGGUGAUGGGCGCCGCGUUGUUCCGCAAGGCGGGCGCACUGCGGGCGAGUCGGGCCGCCAGUGCGGGACUCACGGUCACUACUGGCAGCAGCGGUACUCUCCCCAGAGUGAGAUCAGCAGCGGCUGUAGGUGAAGGCGGUGAAUUGUCUGCUCUAGCCGGUCUAGCCUCCUGCGAGCCCGCCCAAAGCCGGACCAGCAUCGAUUCAGGACGAUCGAUAGAGGCCCGUUCGAAUGCGUUCGAGGCGUUGUUAUGCCGACGCGGGAAUAUAGUGAGAGCGGCGCCCGCCAGGCCGCACGCGCCCGCUAUAUCCUCCGCUGCGGGGAUUCUCAUUACAGGAAUGCCUUCAACUCCCGACUUGACAGAACCAACGAGACCACGUAGCAAUUCGUUAGGAAACGAAGAUGCGACAAGUGCUCCUCUAACAAUUUCUGAAAAACGACAGUCAAUACACGUUAGUCCCGACAGUCCUUCAGAUCUAAGGAUACUAACGCGUUCAGAAAGCUUCGCUGGCGACGCCCAAAUAGUUCAAAACUUACAGAGGCUAUCAUUUUCUGGGGCAGGGAAUUCUAAAUCGCGGUGUACACGCGCACUCAGCUUUCCCGAAGAACCAGACAAAGAGGCAGCCGCAACGGAACCGUUUCAAACUUCCAACUUGUCACCUUUGAAGUUAUCUCCCCGCACCCCCGUACUAUCGGACGACCCCCUGGGUGCCUUGAGCUCACCCCCUCCUUCACCCCCGCCGGCGCCUGUGGAGGAACAAGAAACCGCCGCCCCACGCCACGAGUUCAGCGUCAGCCCAAAACUGUUUCAUCGCAGAAGUAACUCGUUCCAAGACGACCCGCAAGAAGAACAACAAGGGAAACUGCAUAGGAGUGAGACGGCACCCGGCGGUACUGUAUCAUCGAGUCUCGCUAGUCUCGGUAACACGUUGAAGAUAAGCUUUGGACGUUAUUCACCCGCCAGGCUGUCGUUGCGUAAGGAAAACAUGAAAAUAAGCAAAGCCGUCAUCGAAAGUUAUUUUAGUCCAACCAGUAUAGCGGGUAAAAAAUCGAACGAGCUUCUUCAAAGUGGUUUGAGCAGUCUAAAAUCAGCAGCAACUAGUAUGGCGAAGAAAUUCGACGAAAUGAAAGAAGUUAUAUCGGCGAAUUCGACGCCCGUCAAAGGCGCUAUAGGCAAUGCCACGAGCGCUCUGAGCAGUUUCAUAACAGAAGAAGACUCCACCGAUGGAUCAUCGGAGAUUAACCCAGACGAGUGGGUGGGAGGUAUGGGUUUCCGACGCGCCUCCAGCGACGCUGAGUUAGCAUGUUCUAUGGAGCGCGGCUCGCUCGCGACACUGUUGUCGCAUCUGCCUGAUAACCUCUAUCCAACGUCCAACGAAACCCCACGGGCUGGCACACCAGUGGUCACAGUGCAGAUAUCGUCCUGCUCGCAAUGCCACCAAUGCUUCGCGCUUCUUUACGACGAGGACAUAAUGGCGGGGUGGGCUGCCGACGAUUCAAACCUGAACACUCGCUGCACCGCGUGCGGCCGACACACCGUGCCGCUGCUGUCUGUACAGAUAAUUCGUCUCAACCAAACGCAAGCGGAAAUAUUAAGCGUGCCUUAUUUAAAUCCUCUAGUUCUAAGAAAAGAAUUCGAAUCUAUAUUGGGUAGAGAAGGAGAUGCUUGUUUAGCGGAGCCGGAGUUUGUGGAAUCCCAUCCCAUUGUCUACUGGAAUCUCGUUUGGUUCCUAGAGAGAGCGAACAUAGAGAACCAUUUACCGGAUCUCCUGUGUCCCGACUUCCAGACACGGUAUCAGAGCACGGAUGCGUUGCACGAAGCUCAUAAAGUUGGUUGCCGCGUAAUAUGCAGCUGGGAUCUAGUCCGCUUGCACUCGGAAGCGGGCGUGGCUCUGCACCGAGCUUGGCGCGAGCGGCGAGCGGAGCACCAGCGCUCGCGAGCGGUGCGAGCGUUACUGCUCACCGAGCACGACCGCUCCGCUACGCAUUCUGUGAUAUUAGCGAUCCUGGACGGCCUGCUGAGCAAUGAUCUGACGGACGCGUUACGAAAACUGGCCGCGUGGCGACACACCACCUCGUCCACAAAACGAUACCACUCUUACUACAGGGACGUCCUAUUUCUCGCUAUGGCUGCACUCGGCGAGAACAACAUCGACUUCGUAGCUCUCCAACGCGAAUAUACUCGAGCUCUCGAACAAGCGGGCGGGGAAACAAGACCGCACGAUUUACCGCCAUCUCCCACUGCAGUAUGCUGCAGACAUUACUUCAAACGGCUUCGACUCCAGUACGAAGACAACGUCGUUUGA